UGUACCGUCUCCUCGGCCUGGAGGCUUCGACCUUUCCACCACGCCCCCCCCUCCUCUUUCCCUUCCCGUCGCUCGCUCCACCCCUCGAACCUUCUCGACUCCCUCUUCGCAUGGCCGACGCGAAGGCCGAGGCGGCGAGGCAGGCGCCGGCGCCGCAGUCCUCGCAGGAGGAGGAGGAGGACUGGAAGGAGGCCGAGGGGGACGUCGAGGUUGCGGACAGGUCCACGAGCAAUGGCGCCGGCGCCGGCGAGGGGAUCACGGACAGGCCGAUCCGGGUCUACGCCGACGGCAUCUACGACCUCUUCCACUUCGGCCACGCGCGCUCGCUCGAGCAGGCCAAGAAAUCGUUCCCUAACGCAUAUCUUCUUGUCGGGUGCUGCAAUGAUGAGUUGACACAUAAAUUCAAAGGAAGAACUGUCAUGACAGAGGAUGAGAGAUAUGAAUCACUUCGCCAUUGCAAGUGGGUUGAUGAAGUCAUUCCUGAUGCUCCGUGGGUAGUAACAGAAGAGUUCUUGAAUAAGCAUAACAUCGAUUUUGUUGCACAUGAUUCUCUGCCGUAUCAUGAUGCUAGUGGAGCUAGUAAUGAUGUCUAUGAAUUUGUAAAAAAGCUUGGUAAAUUUAAGGAGACCAAGCGCACGGAUGGAAUAUCAACCUCAGAUAUUAUAAUGAGGAUUGUUAAAGAUUAUAAUGAGUAUGUUAUGCGCAAUCUGGCCAGGGGGUACAGCAGAAAUGAUCUUGGUGUCAGCUAUGUGAAGGAAAAAAGACUAAGAGUUAAUAUGGGAUUGAAAACCCUGCGUGACAAAGUGAAGCAGCACCAAGAAAAAGUGGGGGAGAAGUGGAGUACAGUGGCAAAACUCCAGGAAGAGUGGGUUGAAAAUGCAGAUCGCUGGGUUGUUGGUUUUCUAGAGAAAUUCGAGGAAGGUUGCCAUUCAAUGGGAACUGCCAUCAAGGAAAGAAUCCAGGAAAGGCUGAAGGAGGCGCAGUCUAGGGACUUCAGCCUUCUGCAAUACGACAGCGAUGACAGCGAUGACUUUGACGACGAUGAAGAAGAUGAAGAAGUUGCCAAAGAUGCCAAAUACGUGAAAGAAUAGCGCCACUGUAAAAUAUAUGUCAAGGUAUAAUACGGGCAUGCAAUGCAUGUUACGAUCUUCAUCAACCGCAAUCCUUCACCAUGUGUCUGUCCCUUUGAUUGUGAGCUUCACUGUCAAGGUAGAUCUGCGUGCUGUGUUUGUAGCUGUACUUGAUGUUUUCCUAGGCAGUAGUGUACGCUCUUGUAAAAGUUAUACUGUGAGGCAUAACACUGUUUAUUUGGAGGAUAUCAAUUUCAAUUCCAGUUCUUAUUAA